CACCGCCUGGCUGAUUGGCAGUCAUUCUCAUUGGCCCCUCUCAUAGCGCUGUACGGCACAAACUUUUUGCAUGAGAAGGUCGCCGAUUGGAUGCCUUCAGUGGUAUAAAGACAUGUCCAGUUUCCAAAAAUCGCCAUAUUCAAGAAGCCUCCACUGCCUUUUCUCUCAGAUAUGGACACAUUGCCUCAAUUACCGCGGUCUUCGUCGUCAUACCUCUUGGGGCAAGACACACACGUUGACGUCAGUUUUUAUGAUGGGCGGUUCACCGACAUCCGUGAAUCACAAACUCUACCUCGAGGGUUUGACUAUUCGGCGCCGACGAACAUGGCGCACAGUCAUGCAGGUUCGCAGGAAUAUUUCAAUGGGCCGCCCCUGAUUGACACCAGGGCUUGGGAAUCCUUGUCCCGCUAUCCUUCGGAAAACUUCCCAUGCAACUCGCCGUUAGCACCCGAUCAUUGGCAGUACAGCCAUUCUUUAUUCGCGGGCCAUGAAUACCCUACAUCUGACAACUACAUGGCUGAAUCCACUCAAAGCGAGUGGACGACGACGCCAAUUGACGCUCAUCAGUGCACGCCGUUCGUCCUGUGUCCCCCAUCUCCUUCAGUACCCCGAGAAUUACAUGUGCCUCUUUCUGUUGAACUGCAUCAGGAAGAUAGGGCGUCGGAUGACACAAUAUUCCGCUGCCCGCUGCUAUCAAGUGAUGGAACAUGCUGCAAUGCAUUGAUCCCGUGCAACGAAGCUCGCAUCACAGCGCACUUGCGCACCACCCACGCGCUACGUGCGAAGCGUUUUGAAGUCAUCAGUUGUCUGUGGCCUGGAUGCAUGUGUAGCAUGCAAGCAGCUAGCAUUCCUCGUCAUAUCAUCACGCUUCACGUCAAGACACGUUUCCAAUGUUCGUACUGUGGCAAAAGCCUCACGCGAAAAGACGGGAAGUUAAAGCACGAGAAGAUAUGUCACGAAAAACCGUGACUCACUUCCAUUUUUUCUUUCGGGUUAUUGGCUGGUCGAUCAA